AUGGCGGCGUCCGGCUCCCCGGGGCCAACUCCGAGUCCCGGCCCGGAGAGGACGCCCGCGGAGCCCGCCGCCGCCGCCAGUCCCUCGCGGCGGGAGCUGAGGAAUGGAAGUUACCUCAGUACGGUCCCGACUGCGAGGCUGUAGGCAGCGGGCAGAGCGGGAGGUCCCGGGCGGCCGAGCAGGUCCAGCGGCGGCGGCGGCUACCGCAGUGCCCUCCGCCCCAUUGUUUCCCUUCCAAGAGGAUCCCGGCGAAGCCGAGCCCGGGAACCAGGAAGUUCCCCGGCGCGACACCUCCUGCCGCCGCUAUGGAAACGGCCCCCGCCUCCCAGGGCGGCUCGCCCGGGACCCCGCCUCCGCGUCGCCGGCCCCGCCCGCCUCACCGGCCGCCGCCAACCGUCACCACAGCGGCCGCGGCCGCCGCCAUCUUGGCGCGGCCCCUUCCCGGCGGCACGUGCGCGCCGCUCCCGCGCUCCCGCCGUGCGCGCUCCCGCCCGCCUCGGGGACGCGCUCCCAGGACUGCAGGUGCCCGGAGCCCCUCGGCGGGAAGCGGGCGCUGGAAGCCCGGGAGCCAAAGCGGGGCUUCGAGGCACGCAAACGAGCGACAUUGGCGUGCCCAGCCGGCAGGUCAGAGGAUAG